AUUAACACAUCGAGCAUGCGUUUUCCUCCUUAUUACGUCAAUAUAUUAAGGAUGUUUUGAAUGUAUGCUGACUUUUCAAAAUAAUGUUCAAGAAAGGAAUGUUUUUGUCUUUAGGACAGAGAAAAAAUGUUUGACUUUUUUCACUCUUACAGCUGUUUUAGAGUGCUGAAGUUUACUUUUUGACAUUACAAUCUUACCAAUCGAGAUGCUAGUUGAAUGUUAGGGCAGCGUCUGAUGGGAACCAUAAAGCAAAAUUUGUGUACAGAUGUUUCACCGCUGCAACAAGUCUAUAAAAGCCUGCAAAAGCAAUGUGGUUGGUUGACCGGGGUCAUUACACUGCUGAAUUUCUGUGUGCAUAAUUUUCUCAUUUCACUCAAGGUGGGGGAGGAGUGAAACAUGCCUGAAGGAAGACGGAGGCAGAAAAGAUAAGCCAAGUUUGUCUUCAGAUCAGGGGCAGGAGUCACCAACCUGAAAAGGAAGCAAAACACUUUCACUCCACUGGGAGAGAUCGUUCAGAAAGUCCAUUUCUCCCUUCUGCUGCAUAGAGAACCAGGAGUUUGAAGCAGGACUUCUGCAGGGAUUCAGAGAAACAGAAACUCAACGCCAUGAAGGACAAACUUAGAAGAGGAGGUGGGAGAAAUCAAGUCAAGACUGAUGUACUCAGCCAGUCUAGCGGCAAUAAUUCAAUUGCUGUCAAGCAAGAUGAUGAGACAUCAUUUCCUGUAAAGAUCCAGGGAGCAGGGGUGGAGCCAUUUGAACUGCAGGUUAAUGGCUUUUGGCUCGUUCAAGAUGCAAUAAUGAACGUGCUUUCGAGAAAUGAGGUCAGUCCACGUUCCAGCUUGUCUCUGGCUCUAGCUGGUCAAACUCUGGAUCCCCUUGCAGAACUGCAGAGCCUCAAGGGUCUGAAAGCAGGGGUCAGCAUGCGCCUCGUAGAAGAGCCGUACACUUACCACUCAGCUAGACUCCAUCUGGCCCGUGUUGUGGAGCUGCUGAGAGCCUCUGGACCUCAGGAUGCUCUGAGAGAAGGACGCUCACCAAGCGUCCUGGAAGCAAUCACGCAAACACAAGCUACAGAUGCUGCCUUACCAAAUGGAAAAAUCCAGAAGCGCUCUUUAAACAAUGCAAAAUCAGAAGUAACUAGCCAUGAUGGAGGUCCACCGGAGUACCUCCUCCCUGGCUCCUCGGAGAGGCCGCUCAUGGCUCUACUGCCUCACAGCUCCCAGACAGAGGCCCCCGGUUACCUGAAAGACUUGUCUCUUAGUUGCUGGAACCCACCUCCAGGCCACAGGAAGCUGCAGGGAGACUUCAUGUACAUCACAGUGUUUACAGUGGAGGGACGGCGCUGUGACAUCACAUCCUGUGUAAAAGGUUUCUUCCUCAACAGAUCCACCGAAGAUUCAUUUGAUCCUCGGCCUGCACAGUCUUCUGUAGUUUACCACUGUCUCACUGACUUGCUCUGUCACAUCAGUCCUUCUUUCAAGCAGACGUUUACCACCCUCAAAGCCAGGCCACAGCAACCAUCAGUGGAGGUGACUCCCACUCCUUACCACACUCCGAGCUGGCUCGGGCCUCCCUGUGCUUCUCGAGCUCACAAAAACUCCUACAGCAGACUGGGGUUGGAGAAACAGGCAGCAGCGCAGACUCCAGAUUGGAAUGAGGAGUUACAAGGGGCCAGAGAUCUUCCACAGAGAAGUGUGGAGGAGAGGGUGCAGAGAGACCGAGCUGUUCUACAGGUUAACGGGGCGUUUGUGAGGGCUGUCAUGCAAGGAGCAGAAACCGUUAUAGAUGGCUUUGUAGAGCCAGUGAAUGGAAACCCAGAUGACCCAGCUUUCCUGUGGGGUGGCCUCUUCAUGAGCCAAGGAGCGGCCAGUGGGAUGUUUGGCAAUGAAAGGGGUCGCAGGGCGGCUCAGAGGCUGGAGCUGAGAGGUGUUCAGGCGUACAGUGACUUAGAGGGGCUGCAGGGACUGCACACUCUACCUACAGCUAUUGUGGACUACAGAGGAGUGCGGCUGUCGGCUCAGGGUCUGGCGCCUGGCUUAGAAAGCUCAGAAGAGGGAGAAGAAUCCAGUCCUGCUGCGAGAGGUUUGCUUUAUGGGGUGAAUGCAGGACCCCAGGAGUCCCCCCACCGCAGACAGCUGCUUGCCCUCUUGGCCCAUUCAGCCAAAUCUCUGUCCCUCCAGAGACACGUCGUAUUAACACCUAAUGGUCACAAAGUACCACUCUUCACUUCUGUGGAUGCUCAGGGGCUGCUGGGAGCUGACGGGCGAUUCUACUUACUGGACCUGUUCCGGACCUUCCCCGCCGAUGCUAACUUUUGUCUAGAGGCGGAGACAGAAACCCAUGCGGUUACUGGAGAUGAAAAGACGGACAAAAGCUGUGAACAGGAUGUGGAGAAAAAUGGUUGUGAAAAAGAGGGAUGGCCAAGGAAUUACUGUGCCACCUCUGGGCUUCCAAGAAGCUUUCCUCACAGCCUCUGCAGGCUGAGACCAGAGUUGGUGCAGGCUUUUAUCCAACACAAACACACCCAGUUCACAGAGCUUGUCAGAGAAAAGCUGGAUGACAACGGAGGUUUUGAAAACUGUGCACUAGCAUCGGACUCUCGGUCCACUGAUGCCAUGCGAGCCGCGUGUAAGGAAGUGGGGUCACUUAGUGACAUCAUCUUUGAGAUGCGCUUCAACCCCAAUGUUUUUUCUCCAGGAGUAGCUUUUCCUCCGAGUGAAAACGCAUCAAUAAAUCUGCAAGAAAGGUUACUGAGGGAAGCUGCAGCUUUCAUCAUCACUCAUCAAAUCCCAGCCUUUAUACAAUCUUGCCUGCAAAUCAGAGAAGCGCCGAUGGACGGAGCGUCUCUUAAACAUGCGCUACACCUGAGAGGCAUCAAUCUACGGUACUUGGGGCACGUCAGCAAGUCCAUCACCCAGUCAGAACACACGGAGCGGCUCAGGCAUAUAAUGAGGUCAGUGAUAGGAGAGAUUUUCACUCGCUCAGCCAGGAGAGUAUUCAACACUUUCCUACAGGGUGUGGACAUACCAAGUUUCUCUGCAGCAGUCAGCCACUUCCUCAACUGCCUGUUAGUCCCAAACUUCACAGCCUCUUUCGUUGGAGAGGAAACCAAGAAAAAGUCGAGGCGGCGCGGCCGCACCGCCAGCUCUUCUGAGAACACACCCUGGAGCCUGCUGACAGGUGCUGAGCUGUGGAAUCUGGUCUGCCAGGAUGCUGCAGAAACAUACGACAUCUCUAACUGCCUCGGCUCUGGUCCUAACCACCUGGUGGAACACUUUGGUCUUCAGAAACUCUCUCUGCUCAGAGAGUUCUGUCUGAAGACUGGACUGCAGUUGCGACUUAGAGACUACUUCCUGGAAACCCAAAACAAAGCCCCCAUCAGUCCAGAUGACAUUCUGAACAUCUUCCCCGUGGUCAAACAUGUUCACAUGCCGGUCGGGAACGCUGUAAAUGCGUUUCAUGCUGCACAGAACUUCCUUCAGAAGGGUCUGCUGGAACAGGCCCAUGAGAAGCUGAAGGAAGCAGCAUAUCUCUAUGGUAGGGUGUGUGAUGACCUCCACCCAGAUGCCUGUUACUGCAACAGCCUUUUGGCAAAGGUGACCUUCCUGCAGGGGAAUUCGGCUGAAGCUCGGAGCGUGCAGCUGAAAGCAGUGGUCAUCAGUGAACGAGUGCUGGGCUUUGACCAUCCCAACACUAUUCAGCAAUAUGCCCUCCUGGGUGUGUAUGCGUACGCUGGAGGGGAGACGGCCCUGGCUCAGAGGUGCUUCUUCAGAGCUCGUCUCCUCAUCCUCACAGUCCACGGUGAAGACCACCCCUACACUGCAACUGUGGAUAGCUGUCUUGGUCUGAUGCUGACUGAAGAUCAGACCGGCCAGUUCCUAAAGAAUGCGCUGAGACUCAACACUUCCUUCUUUGGCCUCAUAGAUUUUAACACUGCUCUCACUCAGCACCUUCUGGCUCAGUGGAUGUGCAGGAAGGGCGACUACAGAAGUGCCAUGACCCAUGAGAAAGAAGCCCUCACGGCCUUCACGUCACUGUUUGGGGAGGACCAUCCACAGACUAGCUGCAGCAAAGAGUUCUUAAGCACCAUCACCAAGCAGGCGGUGAAGGUGGAGCGCACGCUCAGACAGGCAGGAGCUGACUGCACCGAGCAGACUGUAGAGUGCUUGAAUCCAACAACCGAAACGGUUCUGGAGCAGAUGGUUCUGGUUACAGGAAUCCGAAGAAUUACACGCAGUGACAGGUUCCAGGAAUACAAGCAGAAACACUUGGAACGGAAAGUGGCGGCGGCCAAAGAACUGGGGAUCAAACUGAUUACUGGCUCUGCCAUUACAGACCUCAUUAACGCAAGAGAAGGAACUUCAAAUAAGGAAACAGGAAGCUGGAAGGAGGGUCAGGAUGGUAGAAACAAAGCAGAGGAAAACGGCGGUGAUAACCAGGAGCAGCAGUCUGUGGAAGACGAAUCUAAGAGUGGAGCUUCCGUUUCAGCUGAGGAAAAAGCAGGCGAGCAAAGCAAAGAUGAGGGAGAAAGCGGCUCUGAUGCUGCAGCUGUUGAUCUGAAGAAAGGGAAGAAUGAUAGUGAGACGGAGGAACACGGUGCAAUGAAUGGAGCUGUGGACAGCCCUUUCAGCCCGUCAAGCCCUAAGAGUAAAAUGACCUGGGCAGAUGUUGUCGGUUCAAAAGCGGUCAAUGGAACAGGAAGCAAAGCGGUAAACGGAGUGGACAGCGUCUCUGUCAGCGGCGAGGCUAAAGAGUAAAAGCAUAACGAUUUCUGGGUUUGGGAGAUUCUAAAAGUCACUGCUGUAAGGCGAACUGAAGAUUUCAACUUAAAUGUGAUUUAAAGCAGAUAGGAUUGUUACUUUAUUCAUAAAAAUGUUCCAUCUUCAGGUGCUGUUGUCUGUAGAUGCACCACAGAUACUACAAUGUGCCAAAACAACUGAUGUUUUUAGAUCAACUUUAACAAUAGUCCGGCUAAUUUUUUUACCAUUUUAUUCUACAGUGUGUGUGCACCAGGAAGACUCACAAUCCUGUUUUUUUUUCUUUAAAUAUUUUCUCUGAAAAUUAUGUUUUUUGUUGUUUGUUCAAACCUCUUUGUGACUUGAGGCAAAAACUUUCUUAAUCCUAUAGAGUGUUGUGCUGUGAAAAAGUAUUCCCCAGUUUUAAAAUCUGAAAAAUAAAUUCUUUCCUUGUGAGUUUUUAAUUGCUUCUAAUUACAUUACUUACUGACAUGUGUUGACAGUGCUAAUACUGCAAAGUGUUGUGCAACAAAGCUGGUAUUUGAGGUUAAGUUUUUCAUUUUCUCUAAGUUUGAAGUACACUUUCAUUUCAAUAAAAGUGUUUUUUGGAACCAA